AUGUCGUCUGCAACUCAAGAUCAAAAAAGGCCAAUUGGGGAGGGAAGAACUAUUCUUCUGAAUGCUUUCGACUUUUUUGGGCCCGGGAUGUUAUCCCCAGGCCAAUGGAAGAACCCUGCAGACAAGGGCCUACAAAAGUUUGACAUUUCCUUCUGGGUUGAAUACGCGAAACUCCUAGAGAAGGGAGGCUUCUUCGCCCUCUUUUUGGCAGACACCCUCGGUAGCGGAUAUGAUACCUACGGUGGAAGCAUAGAUGAGACAGUCAGACGAGCUACUCAGUAUCCAGCGUUGGAUCCAUCUAUCCCAAUCGCCGCGAUGGCAGCUGUCACAAAGAGACUGAACUUUGCCAUCACAAGCUCCACAUCUCACGAGCCGCCUUUUCUUCUAGCAAGGCGGUUUUCAACUCUUGAUCAUAUCACGAACGGUCGUUUUGGCUGGAAUAUUGUCACUGGGUGGAAGAAGUCCGCCUUUCAGGCCAUUGGCCUUGAUGAAGCAUUCGAACAUGACUUGCGUUAUGAGAGGUCUGAUGAGUACCUCCGAGUACUCUACAAGCUCUGGGAAGGCUCCUGGGCUGACGACGCCGUGGUUGAGGAUGCAAAGAAUGAUAUCUACGCGAAUCCGGACCGCGUGCGUACCAUCAAACACGAAGGAAGAUUCUACAAGGUCACCAGCAAACACAUUGUACCCCCGUCGCCCCAACGAACUCCUUUUCUUUUCCAAGCCGGUACCUCUGGAGCUGGAGUCAACUUUGCCUCAACUCACGCUGAGGCAGCUUUUGUGGGCGGAACAACCCCUUCGCAGACGGCUCCCAAGGUAGCCCAGCUUCGAGCCGCCUUGGCUGAAAAGGGAAGAGAUCCCCGAGCUUUCAAGGUGUUCAUCAGCUUCUGCCCCAUCAUUGGUAAGACGGAUGAGGAAGCCCAGACGAAGCUGGAAGAGCACAAGAAGUACGCGAGCGUCAUUGGUGGACUCGUUCAGGUCAGCGGAGUCACAGGGAUCGACCUCUCCAAAAUCCCCCUUGACCAUGAGCUGAGUGCUGCCGAUGCUGGCCAAGCCGUCAUCAGGACUCAUCUGGAUUCGUUCGUCACCUCGGCCGACGGGCAAGCGUGGACCGCCAGACGCGUGGCUGAAUUCGCAUCCAUUGGUGGCCUUGCUCCAUUCGCCGUUGGGAGUCCUCAGACUGUUGCUGAUGAGAUGGAGCGUUGGAUUCAUGAGGCGGAUAUAGAUGGGUUCAACCUUGUUGCUGUAGUUACUCCUGGAAGCUUUGAGGAUGUGGUCGAGUUGCUUGUACCAGAGCUGCGUCGACGGGGACUGUAUCCUGAACCGAGCACAGAAGAGUUGACUACAAGGGAACAGGUUCACGGAAAAGGGAAAAAAUCUCUUGAUGAAAGCCAUGUUGGUAGCAAGUACAAGUAUGAUGUAUAUCAAGAGGAGGCUACUCAAGGAGAGAGUUGA